UGAAACACUAUAUUUUUUAGAAGUAUUUAGCAUUAUUCGUCAAUCAAAAAACGUACGUUUUAAUCUGUUAAGAGGAAGCUUGACAGACCAGGACACUAUGGACACAUCGUUGAAGGGAAUUAGUCUGAGUUUUUGAGCAUAGUAUUGGUGAGCAGACGGAGCGCGCCUUGCUUAAUAUAAAACGGUAUAGCGGGAGCGUGGAAACGAGUGGAUUCAAGCAACAGUAGAGCUGGAAUGUCCUGAGCCGGUCCUCCAGGGAGGGACGUGCAGCGGCCGAGGUAACCACGGUGACAGCAGCGGCCAAGGUAGCCACGGCGACAGCAGCAUCCGUUGCUGAUGGGACCUGCUGCGCCACGAUGAGCCUUCAAGAUGGAGGCUGCGGCUACGCUAACUCCGCCAAUGCCAGCCACGCUAGUGGGAGCAUGCGGAGGCGCCUGGAGGACCAGGAAUUCACCCUGCGAGUGUACCCUGGCUCCUUGGCCGAGGGCACCAUCUACUGCCCCGUCGCUGCCCGCAAGAGCACCACCGCGGCCGAGGGCAUCGAGCGCCUCAUCGAGCGCCUGCGUCUGGACCGCACCAAGUGCUACGUGCUGGCGGAGGUGAAGGAGUUUGGGGGGGAGGAGUGGAUUCUCAACCCCAGCGACUGCCCCGUCCAAAGGAUGAUGCUGUGGCCUCGGAACGCCCUGGAGAACCGCUGCGGCCUGGGCAGCGGCGAGGACUACCGCUUCCUGCUGCGCCAGAAGAACCUGGACGGCUCCAUCCACUACGGUGGCAGCCUGCAGAUGUGGCUGCGUGUGACCGAGGAGCGGCGCCGCAUGGUGGAACGGGGUUUCCUCCCCCAGCCUGCAGGGGGCGAGCACCCGGCCGACCUGUGUGCCCUCCCUGAGCUGACGGAGAGGGCUCUGCUGGACAGCCUCCGCGCCCGCUUCCGCCAGGAGAACAUCUACACCUAUGUGGGCAGCAUCCUCAUCGUCAUCAACCCCUUCCAGUUCCUGCCCAUCUACAACCCCAAGUACGUGAAGAUGUAUGAUAACCACCAGCUGGGCAAGUUAGAGCCGCACAUCUACGCUGUGGCGGACGUCGCAUACCACGCCAUGCUGCAGCGACGCAGGAACCAGUGCAUCGUCAUCUCCGGGGAGAGCGGCUCGGGCAAGACCCAGAGCACCAACUUCCUGAUCCAUCACCUGACGGCGCUCAGCCAGAAGGGAUUCGCCAGCGGGGUGGAGCAGAUCAUACUGGGGGCGGGGCCUGUGCUGGAGGCCUUCGGGAACGCCAAGACGGCCCACAACAACAACUCCAGCCGCUUCGGGAAGUUUAUCCAGGUGAACUACCAGGAGAACGGGACCGUCCGAGGAGCAUACGUGGAGAAGUACCUGCUGGAGAAGUCUCGCCUGGUCUCCCAGGAGCACAGCGAGAGGAACUAUCACGUGUUCUACUACCUGCUGGCAGGAGCCAGCGAGGAUGAGAGGAACACCUUCCACCUGCUGAAACCUGAAGAGUACCACUACCUCAACCAGAUGACAAAGAAAUCCCACAAACUCCACUGGGACAAUUUCUAUGAGAGCGAGCUGCAGGACUGUUUCUCUGUGGAGGGGGAGGACUUAAAGCAUGACUUUGAGAGGCUGCAGUUGGCCAUGGAGAUGGUGGGAUUCCUCCCCGCUACACGCAAGCAGAUAUUCUCUCUGUUGUCUGCCAUCCUGCUGCUGGGUAACAUCCGCUACAAGAAAAAGACCUACAGAGAUGACUCCAUAGACAUCUGCAACCCAGAAGUGCUGCCCACAGUCUCACAGCUACUGGAGGUGAAGGAGGACAUUCUGUUUGAGGCGCUGACCACCAGGAAGACCGUCACCGUAGGAGACAGGCUCAUCGUACCGUACAAGCUGGCUGAGGCUGGAACAGUUCGUGACUCCAUGGCCAAGUCUCUUUACAGCGCUCUGUUUGACUGGAUCGUCUUCAGGACCAACCAUGCCCUGCUCAACACCAAGGACCUGGAGGACAGCGCCACGACUCUCUCCAUCGGCGUUCUGGACAUCUUUGGGUUUGAGGACUACGAGAACAAUAGCUUUGAACAGUUCUGUAUUAACUUUGCCAACGAGAGACUGCAGCAUUACUUCAACCAGCACAUCUUCAAACUAGAACAGGAGGAGUACAGGGCAGAGGGCAUCACCUGGCACAACAUCGACUACAUCGACAACACGGGCUGCAUCCACCUGAUCAGCAGGAAGCCCACAGGCCUGCUCCCCCUGCUGGACGAGGAGAGCAAUUUCCCACAGGCCUCUAACCAGACUCUGCUGGAUAAGUUCCAGCGGCAACACGAGGGCAGCAGCUACAUCGAGUUCCCCGCUGUCAUGGAGCCCGCCUUCAUCAUCCGCCACUAUGCCGGCAAGGUCAAGUACCGGGUCAAGGACUUCAGAGAGAAGAACACUGACCACAUGCGUCCAGACAUCGUGUGUCUGCUAAAGAGCAGCCAGAGCGCCUUCAUCUGCGGCCUGAUGGGCGUCCACCCCGUGGCUCUGUUCCGCUGGGCUGUGCUCAGAGCCUCCUUCAGAGCCUCCAUCGCCUUCAGGGACGCAGGCAGGAGACACGCCCACAGGAAGACUGGUACGGACCCUGCCCUGCCUUGUCCUAUCGUCAAGAGUGUGGACAGCUUCAGCUUCCUGCACCACCCUGUGCACCAGAGGAGCUUGGAGAUCCUGCAGAGAUGCAAGGACGAGAAACACAACAUCACUCGUAAGAAUCCAAGGACUCCCUUGUCUGACCUUCAGGGCAUCAACGCACUGAAUGAGAAAUCUACCUGGGAGGGGGGUUGGGGCUGGAAUGGCCGCAGCCCUGGCUUGACCCGGCUGUCCUCAGGGCUGGAUGAAGACGGCCUGUUUGUCAACUCAGCCAGCAGCAAGCUGCUGGAGAGAGCCCAGGGUCUCCUGCUGCGCAGUAAGCCCUCCAGGUCCAGACCCAACCUUCCCAAACAGCUGCUGAGUGUCCGCUCCCUGAGACACCUGAGCAGUGUGACGCUCCACGACCGCAUCACCAAGUCCCUGCUGCUCCUGCACAAGAAGAAGAAGGCCCCCAGCAUCAGUGCCCAGUUCCAGGCCUCACUGAACAAGCUGAUGGAGACCCUGGGCCAGUCCGAGCCGUACUUUGUGAAGUGUAUCAGAUCCAACGCUGAGAAGCUUCCCCUGCGCUUCAACGACUCCCUGGUGCUCCGCCAGCUCAGGUACACAGGCAUGCUGGAAACUGUCCGCAUCCGCCAAUCAGGAUACAGCUUCAAGUACACCUUCCAGGACUUUGUGCGUCAUUUCCACGUGUUGCUUCCUCGGGGCACCAGCCCCACCAAGUCAGGCAUCAGAGAGCUCUUCAGACAGGUCCACCUGACGCCCGCCGGCUACCAAGUGGGCAACACCAUGGUGUUCCUGCGGGAGGCGCAGCGCCAGCGUCUGCAGUCCCUCCUCCACCAGGAGGUGCUGCGACACAUCGUGGCACUGCAGCGCCGCUUCCGGGCCGUGCUGGGCAGGAAACGCUUCCUCAGCAUGAGGCGAGCCGCAAGCGUGCUGCAGGGCUGGUGGAGAGAGCGUGUCCAGGAGCAGCUGGGUGGAGUGGGCCCUGCCCUCCAGCAGCUGGGUGGAGUGGACCCUGCCCUCCAGCAGGAGGCGGCGCUGAGGCUGCAGGCGGUGUGGCGGGGCUACCGGGAGCGGAGCAGCUUCCUGCUGCAGAGGGACGCGGCCCUGCUGCUCCAGAGGAGCUGGAGGGUCUGGUGCGAGCGCCGUGGCCAAGCAGCCCUCACGCUGCAGGCAGCCUGGAGGGGCUACAGAGAGAGGACAGCAUACUGGAGGAAGAGGGAGGCGGCCCUGCAGCUACAGGCUGCAGGAAGGGGACAUCUCGCUCGGCUCAGGUUCAGGGAUCUGGAAGAGCAGCGUCGCGGGGAGGGGCCGGGUAGCCCCACCCUCGGGGAGGAGCCAGAGAGCAUCAUGGUCCUGGAGGAAGGUUUGCUUGAGGACAGAGAACUCCCAGACGUGUCAGACAAACCCUCAGCAGACGACCCGACUGAGUGUCUGGUGGAGGACAGAGAGGCAGGAAGAAGCAGCGACGAGGCGACCAACAGAAGCAGGUCGAAGAGAGAGAGCCGGAGGAUGAGAGAGCUGGAACAAGCCACGUUCAGCCUGCAGCUGCUCAGGGUGAGAACCAGCAGUGUGGGAGGCCCUCUGUCUGAGGACCCAGACAGCAGCCUCCACCAGGGGGCCCCAGAGGACCACCAACACCCCCCCUCCCAGGGGGCCCCAGAGGACCACCAACACCCCCCCUCCCAGGGGGCCCCAGAGGACCACCAACACCCCCCCUCCCAGGGGGCCCCAGAGGACCACCAACACCCCCCCUCCCAGGGGGCCCCAGAGGACCACCAACACCCCCCCUCCCAGGGGGCCCCAGAGGACCACCAACACCCCCCCUCCCAGGGGGCCCCAGAGGACCACCAACACCCCCCCUCCCAGGGGGCCCCAGAGGACCACCAACACCCCCCCUCCCAGGGGGCCCCAGAGGACCACCAACACCCCCCCUCCCAGGGGGCCCCAGAGGACCACCAACACCCCCCCUCCCAGGGGGCCCCAGAGGACCACCAACACCCCCCCUCCAGGGGGUCUCCAGCCAGUCAUGGAAGCUUCGAGCUCCUCAAUUCAGACGAGCUGGAGACACAUGACCCCACUUUCCCCUCCGGGGCGAUUCAGACCACCAUGGACUCCAUCCCUCCAGAGUAUGAGCUCAGCUCUUCUGGAAACCCAACCCUGUUGUCACUCACCCAGGAGGAGACCCCAAGAGCGACCUUCUACAUCCUCUCGGACCCCAGCCCCAAACAGGAUGCUCACGCAGACAGCCCCAGCAAGGCCCUCCCGGAGCGGAGACAGUCCGCCUCGCGACGGCCUGUGGUAGUGGUGAUCAGCAUGCAGAAGGAGAGCCCUGUGGAGGAGAUGCAGUCAGCUCCCCCCAGUCUGGAGGCAGGACCGCCCCAGCCUCAGAGAGAUGUGCCUGGGGCGAGGAUGCCUUUUGCGCUCCUCUCCUCCAGUCCCCACAGAGCUGCCCCCUCCAGCUCUGAGCCUGGCUCCUCAGAGGUGGACAUCCACAUUGUCCUGGAGCCCAAGGACCCUGCCCCGAGCGCUCCCCCCAGCCAGGAGAGGACGUCUGGGGGCAAGCUGUCCUGCAGCCCAGGCCUGGACCCCAGGGAGGUCAACAGACGACCUGCAGCACACAGCACCCCCACCAACACCAUCAGCAUGACAGAGAAACCACCGCUCAUCUCUCCUCACAGACGAAAGCUGCCCUUCUCCAAGUCUGAUAAGGACCUGGUCAAUAAGGAGCGCUCCCUGGCCUUGCUGAUGGACCAGGCUGGAGGAACCACACCCAGAGAGCAGCUGGGCCGCCCAGGUCCCAAAAAGAAAGCACGCAUGUCUCGGACUCGCUCCGACUUCCUGACCCGCUGUAACUCUGAGGGUGCGGGCCAAUCAGACGAGGAAGACGAUGCCUUCUACACCCCCGCCCUUUCCCGCACCCUCCCCCUGUCCCCCCAGCCACGCCCAGGAGGGGGCGCCCCAGAGCUCCCCCUGUCCCCCCAGCCACGCCCAGGAGGGGGCGCCCCAGAGCUCCCCCUGUCCCCCCAGCCACGCCCAGGAGGGGGCGCCCCAGAGCUCCCCCUGUCCCCCCAGCCACGCCCAGGAGGGGGUGCCCCAGAGCUCGCUUGUUACAGCGACUCUGAGAUGCCCUCUCACAAGGACCAGAAGAAGAUCCACAAAACCAUGUCGUCAGGUGACCUUGGCAAGGUGGAGGCCCUCAGCAAGACCUGCAGCCAGGACAGCAGCAGCAGGCGUGGGAGGAUGCGUUUCUGGGGUAAGACUAAACAUGGAGACAAGAAACGAAGCAGCAGGUGCCAGCUGGAGCUAGGCCAGACCCGGGAGGGUGUAUCUCCCCCCCCCAGUCCGGGGCAGGCGGGGCCAGGGGCGGCGCUGAGGGCGGUGGCUCGGGAGUGGAAGGAGAACAAAGAACCAUGUCCUAAGGUGCGUCGGCGCAGCGUAAAGAUCAGCAGCGCGGCUCUGGACCCCGCCCCCUGGCAGAACGACUCGCUGCACAUCCUCACCAGCGCCCACGACUACCGCAGCAUGAACGACUUCCUCAUGAAGAAGAUCAACGACCUGGACUCUGAGGAUGGGAAGAAAGACACGUUAGUGGAUGUGGUCUUCAAGAAGGCUCUGAAGGAGUUCCGCCUCAACAUCUUCAACUCCUACUCCACUGCGCUGGCGAUGGAUGAUGGGAAGAGUAUCCGCUACAAGGACCUGUACGCCCUGUUUGAGCACAUCCUGGAAAAGAGCAUGCGUCUGGAGCAGCGUGACUGGAGCGAGUCUCCUGUCACGGUCUGGGUCAACACCUUCAAGGUGUUCCUGGAUGAGUUCAUGACAGCGUACAAGCCCACGGACGGCACCAUCGGCAAGGUUCCCAAACCAGAACGCAAGAAGAGGAGGAAAAAGGAAAGCGAUAUUGUGGAGGAGCAUAACGGGCACAUGUUCAGGUCCACCCAGUACAGCAUCCCCACCUACUGCGAGUACUGCUCCUCCCUUAUCUGGAUGAUGGACCGCGCCUGUGUCUGCAAACUGUGUCGCUACGCGUGCCACAGGAAGUGCUGCUCCAGGAUGACCAGUCAGUGUAGUAAAAAGUACGACCCAGAGCUGUCUUCCAGGCAGUUUGGAGUGGAGCUGUCUCGUCUGACCAGCGAGGAGAGGACAGUGCCUCUAGUGGUGGAGAAGCUCAUCAACUACAUCGAGAUGCACGGCCUGUAUACAGAGGGCAUCUUCAGGAAGUCUGGCUCCACCAAUAAGAUCAAGGAGCUCCGGCAAGGCCUGGACACGGAUGUGAACAGCAUGAAUCUGGACGACUACAACAUCCACGUCAUCGCCAGCGUGCUCAAACAGUGGCUCCGCGACCUCCCCAACCCCCUGAUGACCUUUGAACUCUACGAGGAGUUCCUGAGAGCCAUGGGCCAGGCAGACAGGCGGGACGAGGUCCGGGGGGUGUACGCUGUGAUCGACCAGCUCAGUAGAACACACCUCAGCACCCUGGAGAGGCUCCUCUUCCACCUGGUCAGAAUCACUUUGCAGGAGGAAACCAACAGGAUGUCUGCCAACGCCCUGGCCAUCGUGUUCGCCCCCUGCAUCCUGCGCUGCCCUGACACCACCGACCCCCUGCAGAGUGUCCAGGACAUCAGCAAGACCACCGCGUGUGUGGAGCUGGUCAUUAACGAGCAAAUGAGCAAGUACAAGGCGCGUCUGAAGGACAUCAGCAGUCUGGAGUUUGCUGAGAACAAGGCACGGAGCCGUCUUUCCCAUCUCAGGAGGACUAUGGGCAAGGGCCGCGUGUGGGGGAGCGGCCACACCCCCGCCCCCCCGCUCAGCCCCCAGGUCCCGGUGGAGCAAGGGGGGCCGGGGGGGGCUGCGGGCGGGGGGGCGGAGCUGGACUUGGCGGAGCAGCAGGCAGACCUGCUGCAGGAGGAGAGGAUCCUCAGCCAGCACAUCGAGAGUCUGCAGAAGGAGAAGGAGGAGCUGACAUAUGAGAUGUUGGUGCUGGAGCCGCGAGCGUCUGAUGAUGAGACAGAGGCCUCCAUCGGCAGCUCUGAGAACCUCCAUGCCCCCUCCACCUCCUCCGACUGCGGCACGUACCGAUCCAGGAAGUUGGACGGCAAAAUCCGGCGCACCCUUAAACACCAGCCCGACUCUGUGGACUCCACCUCCUCUGUCUCCUCCUCCAUCUCCUCCUCCUCCUACCACCCCUCCUCCUCUCUGUCCUCAACCGUCCCUCCAUCUCCUCUCUACCGGGUCCGCUCCUCGUCCUCCGGCCCGCUGCUCUCCUGCUCCCUGGCCACGCCCCUGCCGACGGGGGAGGGAGACCCCAGGGCGGUGAAGAGCCGCCUCAGACUGAGCAGGAGCUCCCCCCGGGACGAGGGCCGCAGCAGGGACGCCCACCUCUCCUCCCCGCCCCAGCAGCUGGUCCUGUAUGGAAGCAACGAGUUCAUGGUGUGAGCUUAGGACAGGAGGGCCGUGCUCUGGUCCCUUCGUGGUGGAGGAAGCUAGGAUUGGAGAGGGGCUGGUAGGGCUGCAGGUGACGCCCCCGUCAGCGGGUCACGCUCUCCUCAGCCCUCCUGCCUUCAGCCUCGGGGGCCCCUCAAGACCCAGGUGCAUUGUGGGAUUUCUGUGCUGGACAGGAGAGAGCUCUGAGGAGGUGAGGGGUGGGAGGGAGAUGGAAGGAUGGAACAUUGAGACGGUAAGAUGGCUACAGACUGGGGAGAAGUAGGAGAAGAGAAGUGGCUUUGGGCUUUACACUUCUUCUUGAUGGAGGUCCAGAGGGUUAGACAGUAGACUAACCAGACAGAGACACUGCCAAAGUAACAGCACCCUCUGCUGAGCAGAAGGACUGGCAAUCAAACAGACUGAACACUCCAUUGAAGAGUACAAGAGCAUUUUGGUCAUUUGAUACUACUCUUCUGUCAGCUUCCACGUUUACACAGUCCAGCCUGUCAAGGCUGCAUGCUCCUUCAUUUAACAUUUUCCUAUACUGUAUCUGUUAAGAGACUGUUGAAAUAUAAAAAUGUGUACAAUUAUAUUAGUAUUGCUGUUGUUCUUAUUAUUAUUAAUUAUGUUGUUGAGUAAACAUUGUACAUAGAAAUAAACUUCAGUGCUGCUGCAUCGUCUGUGGUAGAUAUAUCUAUCUCCCAGCAGGAGGUGAACUUGAUAUAUCCAUCUCUGAACUUUAUGGGAUUCAAGUUUUGUUUUUUCCUGUUUAUGUUUAAAUGAACAAAACCACUUGUGUUCAGUUGGUGCCAUUAUUCUAACUGGUGGAGUCUGACUCUACUGCCUCUACUGGUGGAGUCUGACUCUACUGACCCCUCAUCAGUGCAGCAAUGGCCAUGGUCAGGAGUCAGGGGUCAUCAGCCAUAACAUGCAAUGUCUUUCCCACCACUGACUGGGUGGCCACAACCCUCUGGUCUGUUCUGAGACCCCAGGGUUAGCCAGUCUGAGACCCCAGGGUUAGCCAGUCUGAGACCCCAGGGUUAGCCAGUCUGAGACCCCAGGGUUAGCCAGUCUGAGACCCCAGGGUUAGAGUUAGCCGUCAGGACUUGAAGCUUUUUGGAUGUCUUGUUAUUGGUUUGUUUCUUGUUAUUUUCUAUUGCCAUUUUUUCUAUCAAUGUUAUCAUGACUUGGCAUGGUAAUGUUUAGUUGAGAUGUAAGCCAAUAAUGUUUGUGUGUGUGUGGCUAUAAUGUGAACAUUUACUUUCCCAACAGAUCAUGUUCUGUCCAUCCUCAGAAACACACACACAAACACACUGCAGCCAUGUGUGUCUUGCUCCAUUGGCCAAAUCGCUCACCUCUGUCAAUCAUGUGCUAGGUGUUUACACAAGUUAAAUAACAUUGUCUCCAUCCAAGGUUGGGCUUGAAGAAGUAGAAUUUUAGAGUACGAUCAUGCAACUCGAUAAGCUUUAGAUAUAAAAAGCUGUGUCUGUUUCAGCCGUCCAUUCUAUCUGGCUCUACUAUCAACUAUCAAUGGUACAGUACUCUACAUGAAUCAUGACUUUCUCUGUCCUUAAAGUAUCUAUACCCACUGUGCAAUAUCCUAUCUACUGUACAUCCUUUAAGGAUUUUAUAUCUCAACACCUGUGCUUGCCCUGUAUAUGAGAGAAGACAGUAUUUAGUGGUUUGACAGUACAGUAACUGCUCGUCAUAGUACUACAGUAAGCAACAACAAGGACCAAGAUUACAGCUUCAGUGGCCUCUUUUCCAGGCAGGUCUUCAUAUCUUAUAAACUCACGGGCUCGUCACAAUCCCACCUCAUACGGAUCAAGUCUUAGUCGUGUCAUUUAGAUUCUCAACCUUUUCUAGGAUGAGUGGAGACUUGUUGCUAUAGUUACCUCUUAUCUACAUGAUGAAGACGGACACUUUUCACAACCAAGUUGGGUUGUACGGAAGAGCCGCAACCCAGAGAGUGAAGCACUAGGUGCGUUCGACUUCAUGCAGCGCCGGCGUCGCCUGCAGCCCGGCUGACUUGAAGCAGCCAAUGGCAUUCUCAACUUCAAGGGAGCCGGCUGCAGCCGGCUGUCGGCGCCGCCGGUGCUGCAUGAAGUCGAACACACUUAAUGUAAGGCAUUGGAGCAUGGGAAAUGUAGUCCAUCCAGUCCAUUGGAGCAUGGGAGAUGUAGUCCAUCCAAACUGGUCCAAUACCCUCUAUGGAAAGAAAAGAUGACAUUUUGUAGUGAUUCAAGUUGGCAGCGGCCAAGGCAUUCUGCUGUUGUGAAUGUACCUAUCACUGGCAUGCUCUGCUUUAUAUACAUGUUUGUUUUUCCUUGAAUACACAGGAUGUAUAUUGUAUUUAUGAUCAUGUUUUAGAUUGUACAUUGAAAUAAUGCCUGUUAUAAAAGGAUAUAUUAUCCUGUGUAUGACUCAUAUGAUUAACCAUGUCCAACGGUGUAACAGAUCAUGAUUGUUCUGUCAUACUUGUGCUAAAACAGCAAAAAUCCAACUUGAGCUUUGUAUCUGUUAGUGUGUGCUUCUCUGGACACAGUUGUAUGUAUAAGGUGCAAUUUGUGUAGUUUUUUUUAAAGAUACAAAGUCUAUGGUUGUAAAAAAUAAAAGAAAAAAAAUGAAUUUAUGAAAGAAAAAGCUUAUUAAAAAAAGCUAAACCGGA